AGAUACAUUAGUACCUGUUUUUGAUGAAACAUUUGAAUAUGAUAUGACAUAUGAAGAAGCAAAAUUAAAAACAUUAGAUCUUGUUGUUAAAAAUGAUCGUUCACUUUUUUCAACAGAAAAAGUUUUUAUGGGUCAAUCAUUAAUUACAUUAGCUAAUUAUAAUAUUGAUGAUGGAAAUUUAAUUGAUGAUUGGUUUACACUUGAACCUGAAGGAGCAUUGGCUUUACGACUUAAAGCACUUGAUGCAUAA